GCCCAACUGACUCUUGCCAAAAAUAGUCAAAGUCUAAAAUUAGGGUAAAUUAUCAAACCCAUUCUUUAAAAAAAACACAAAACAGGAAGAAAGUAACUCACUGUUGUCCUCUAGCAUCUUAUGUGAGCAACCACAAGAGAAAUACCACUGCAGAGCUAUUAAAGUGAAGGUCUUUAAAGGAGAGAGCUGUUGUCGAGACAUGUUUCUGUCUUGGAAGGCCAUGUCCAAGUCGCUGAAGAAGAUCGUGGAGGAGAGCCGGGAGAAGAACCAGCCCGAGGUGGACAUGUGCGACCGCGGCAUCUCCAACAUGCUGGACGUGCCCGGCCUGUUUACCUUGUCUCAUAUCACACAGCUGGUUUUGAGUCACAACAAGCUUACAACUGUGCCAGCAAACAUCGCAGACCUGAGAAACAUAGAAGUGCUCAACUUUUUCAACAACCAGAUUGAGGAGCUGCCUACACAGAUUAGCAGCCUUCAGAAGCUCAAACACCUGAAUCUUGGCAUGAACAGAUUAAAUACCUUGCCAAGGGGGUUUGGAUCUUUACCAGCACUGGAGGUUCUUGACUUGACUUACAACAAUUUAAAUGAAAAUUCUCUACCUGGAAACUUCUUCUAUCUGACCACCCUGCGUGCACUCUAUCUAAGUGACAACGAUUUUGAAAUCCUGCCGCCAGAUAUUGGGAAGCUCACAAAGUUGCAGAUACUGAGCCUUAGAGACAAUGACCUGAUAUCACUGCCUAAAGAAAUUGGGGAGCUCACUCAGCUUAAGGAACUUCAUAUCCAGGGAAAUCGUCUUACUGUGUUGCCCCCAGAACUAGGUAAUUUGGAUUUGACUGGUCAAAAGCAAGUCUUCAAAGCAGAGAACAAUCCCUGGGUGACCCCUAUAGCUGACCAGUUCCAGCUGGGAGUGUCUCAUGUUUUUGAGUACAUUCGAUCAGAAACAUACAAAUACCGUUCCUAGUUUGGAUCCUGGUUUGGAUGCUGCAGUGCAGAGCAUUCCAGUGAGUCCUGAGGAAAGUCGUGCAUUGAUCUGACAGCAGAGUUGAAGGAUCAUUACUGCUGAGCAAGGCAAGAAAUUGUAAACGUGUCACAUGAGCACAACAGUGUCUGUAGCAAGCUGGAUUUAUGCAUCCUGGUAGAAAGAGGAAAAUCUUUCCACUUCUAGCUGUGGGACACAGCAUCCAGUGAGCCUGUCCUUGUGUUCUGUUGAGUUCUAGAGUGUUGGAAUUACUGCACUGCUGUCUGAGUUAUAUUUCUUUGUGUGACAAUUGAACUUUCAAGCUGUGGUAACCAGCCAAGUGUCAACAACGACACAGAGCACACAGCAAAGAUGCAAGAAAGUAAUGUUUAAGAUUGGUUUUCUGGAAGAAGACUGGCAAUGUUAGACUGAGGAUCCCUGAUGGAGAGGAAUUAUUUCUACCAGUGAUGAGGACAGUCUGUUCCUCAGUUCUUUGCCCACUGUCAGCCCACAGUAUGGCCCAGCAGCAUCUCCUUUCAUGUCAGGUACUUACAGGUGUGUCUUCACCUCUGAUGCAGAAAGGUAUUUCACACCUGUGCUGCAGCUGUUGUAUCUGGGUGAUGCUCCACAUAAUCCUUGCUCCUUGAGAAGUCUGUUGUGCAGUCCUUGAAGCUUCCUGGUCUCCAGACUGCCAGGAACCUCUGCUGGUGGUCAGCCUGGAGCCCUUCCAUCUAUGCAGAACUCAUGCACGCUGGAGAGGACUUGCACAUCAUUUGUUGGAGUGAAGUUUUGAGCACAUUUCUUUAACAGAUGGUUUUAGUUGCACGUGUGAAAAUAACUGCAUUUUCAUGUUUAGGGAUAAUCAGUCAAAUUCCAUGCGGCACACUCAUGUGCAGCCAAAAAGGAGGCAAAAUUGCUUCACAGCCAUGGCAGGAGUGGAGAGCUGGGGACUUGUCCCCUGCCAGAAGGAACCCAGCUGUCCUGCGGGAAGGCACAGUGGUCACAGGUGGCAGCGGUAGGCACUUGACUCUGCUCACACUGUCAUUUAGCCAAGAGGAGACCCAGACACUUGUUUAUGUUAAACUCUUCAAGCGAAUGUAUUUGUGUUGGUUUUUUUUGUGUGUGUGUGUCUUUUCUUUAUACAGCUUUUAUGAAAAAAAAAAUAAAAAAAGAGCAAAUGAAACAGCAGGUAUGACAAGUAGCAAUUUUAAAAUCUUACCUCCAGUCUUUCAGCCUUCAUUCCUGCCAAAACGUAUCUAGAAACAAAUGGAAUGAUUUGUCUGAUGUUGGACUUGACCUGAGGAUUUCCUGUAGGGAAAUAAGUCACAAGGAAAUGUCUCAGAGAGCUAACUAUCAGCUCUUUAGAGGAAAACAAAAAAGGUUGCAGAGUUAGUGCUAAACUCUUCAGAGGUUUCAGCUUGUUAUUUUUGCUCAGUGUACGUGUGGCGUGCACUGCUUUUUAUAUUUUAAAGCACACAUCUCUGUGCAUGACACAAGGACAGCAUCAGAAGACAGGCAGCAGCAGGGGUUUGAGUGGAUCCCGCAGUGAUAGGAAUGGUGGCAAUGGAGGCUUGGGUGCUAGAUGAAAGCCUUUUUAUUUGCAAGCUGACUGGCAGCUAGUAUUAAACAGUUGAUCUCCUGUCCCUUAUAUUAGCCAGUGUAAGGAUGCCGCUGGCAGAUUGCCCAGACAAAAAUGGCAUCGUAGUAGCUAAGGAAAUUUCUCUAGGAAAAAUUAUUGUUAUUCAGGUUAACCUCUAUUUUCAGAUUCACAGUUAUAAGUAAGGCUUAACCCAAGAAUCUCAAGAAAAAGAUCUCACCCCAUUGAGUGCAAGGGAUGGAAAUUUAUCUGUAGUGUGAAUUGAAGCUGGAAGUUCACCUGUGUGCUUCCACAUGUACCUGUAAAAAAAAACAGCAACACUUCUUCCUUCCCCCGCUCUGUCACAUGCCAGGUGUUCUUACACUGUCUUGUUUGGCUGUUUCUUUGUUUUCUGGUGUUUUCCUGUGAACAAAGGAAACAUGCCUGAUUUAUGCAUACACCCCUAUUUGGGCACCAUAUUUCUAGAUGUUCAGAUUCAGCCCGUUGCAGGCAGCAUAACUGAGGCACUGAGAACACUGAGUGCCUGUUACUUGGCCAGGAAAACUUCAUAGAGGUCACUUUUGCUGCCAUCACAGCAGAAGAAAAUUGUGAAACCUGGGAAUUUCAUUCAACACAGAAAAUAAUUAGAGGCUUCAAGACAAUCAGCAGGACUCAAAUUCCUUAGCAAUUUCAGGAGCAGACAGAGGAUAUGAGUUUGGGUAUAUUAACCCACUGUAUCUCAGCAGAAGCUUAUCAUCUUGCCUAACCUGAUGGUAUAAAAGUUAGCAUCACUUUGUCUGAUUCAGUCCCCCUAGAUGCAGAAAAGUGUGUGUGUGGGGGGAGUACUAAACCAUGAUUGAGCUCUUGAAAACAAGUAACAAUUUGUAGCUCUGCAGAUGCUCAGUGUAAGAUCAGUUGUUAUUAUGACAGUACAGGGAUUGGUAUUAAACACUGCCAAAAAUAUAUUGGAUCGUAUAUAUACAUAUAUAUGUAUAUGUAUAAAAAAAAUAGAGCUUUCAACUUAUCUGUUUUUCAGCUAUCACAAAGAAAUGUGAAGCACUUGUUCCCAGGUCUCAAGCUGGACAUCUGCAUGAAUUGCGAUGUUACUGUAAAUAUUUCUCAGCAAGGGCAGGUAGACGCUAUUGGAAAAGCCAGAACAAAUUCUUAAGUUGCCAAUAUUGUCACAAAAUCUCCCUGCAGAAUGAAGUUGUUUGACAAAGUGUUUCCCUGGUGAUUUGGCUGCAGAUGAAAAUGUCUUUAGCAAUAAAAUUCUGUGCUCGGGUCUCAGCUCUCUGUGCUCAUCAAUCAGCAAAUGACAUACCAAGGAUCUUUUUUGCUGGAUUAGCUAAUAUGGUGGGGAAAACAUGUCAGACAUUGAUAUUCCUUUGAAUUUCUAUACAUAGGGAUUUUUCCACUCUUUAAGGCACCUUAUUUAUUUAAAAAUACCUGUUUUGUUGUCUGCAGCUUCCUUUAGUAAUCAAUAAUGCUGCAAUAGGAUUAAUGCAAAACUGUUUUUUAUGUAAGCAGAUUGUCUUGCCUAGAGAUAUUGCCUGCUGUCAGAAAGCCGCUGUCAGUCUCAGGGAAGGAAGAGGCAAUGCAUGUGAUGGCAGUGCUUCUACCCUUAGUGCACUGGAGAUGCACAUCCUUUGUGCUUAAUUUAUGAAUGUUUUGCCAACAAAUGGCAUUUUCUGGAAUUUUUGUGACCGUGUCUGCAUUGUAAACAUAAUUUAGUUGGGGAUAAUUACGUCCUUUAUCUGCUAUCCUUUCAUGAAGUAUCAUUAAUGAUUUUAGGAAGUUCAGGUACGCAGCUGAAAAGGAAUAAAUCACCUUACAGUUUAAUUACCUCUGAUAUAACAGCAGCAAGUACCUUCUGGGAAGCUGCCUCCUGUGUUACUCAAUGACUGUCAGUGAUGAAGCUGUGUUGCUUAGCGGAUGCUCGAUUAAGGAGAUUGGUUCACAGUGUUUUAUGCUACAUCUGUUGCUGCCGCUACUGAAUUUUAUAAAGGUAUUCAAUACCUAUAAAAAUAUGACAGAUGUCAGUAAUAACUGUUACUCCAUACUUACUUUUUAAGGAAAAAAUGGGAGCUUAGUGCAGUUCGCAUAAAGAUGUAUAUGAAAUGUUUAACGUGAAAUCCUUUUAAAUUCUUAAAUUCGAUUUUUGGAACAAUUUUAUGAGAUUCCAGGAAAUAUCUUAAGAUACAGAUCCCCUCUGUGUAAAGUUUGUCCAUCUGCUGAGGAAAAUAUUAAGGGAAGAGUCAUUCAGUUUUCUAUUAAAUGUCUCAAAACUGAGUCCCUCCUAUUCAGAUCCAACCGCCUGUGAGGCAAAAAGAAAGCACAGGUGAAAAGAUGAGUACCCUAUAUUUAAAAAAAAAAGAAAAAAAAAAAGAUGAAGUGCUGAAAAAUGUGGAAAGGAAGAAAGAAGGCAGAAAAGUAGUAAAGAGGAAAGACCAGUAAGAAAGCGAAGGCUUACGAACUAGAAAUAGGAACAGCUCCACUUUUCGACAGGGAAGAUAAAUGAGGAGAAUCAGCUGUUUAGGCAAAGAGGAGAGGUAGAGAGGAAGUGCAGCAAAAGCAGAAAAGCAAAGAAUUUAGCAAAAGCACCAAAUAAUGAAAAAAAUGGGAUAUAAAAAGCUAUUAGCUGCCUGUUCCUUCUAUAAACAGUUCAAUUUUGGGAGAGAGGGAUGAUAGGCAAAAGUCAAAUUCACAACCCAAGUUACAUUUUCUUAUUUGUUCUUUUCUUAGGACUCUGCAUUUCUUUUAUUUUUGCAUUCACCAAAUCUGUUUUGGAUAAACUGCUCUUCUUUUAAUACCGCUGUGUUGCUAAGAUGUGUGACUCCUUCAAAACAUUUGAAUAAUAUUUUUUCCAGAAUGUAGCAUUUGCAGGAUCUCGCAUUUAUGUAGAUGCGUGAGAAUGUGCAAAUCCUUGGCAGCACUGUGGGCUGGCCUUCUAUUUGCCACUUAGCAAAGGUGAGCCAGAACAGGACAAAAGCCCAACCUGUUCUGAGUGGUGCAGGAGCACAGCUGUGCUCUCUGGAGCCUUCUCUUGAGGAUCACAGUGCAUGCCCUGCCCUCUACUUGGGGAAGUUUCCUUAGGGCAGCAGUCCAAACAUUGUUAAUGCUUCACAGGUUAGUGUAACAGGGUAGUGUUAACCAAUAGCCAGUUUCAGCCUUUAAUUCAUAGUCUAUAGCAAUAAGAGUACAUUCUGUUUCAAAGGAUGUUUUCUUUUAAGGAAAAAUGAUUUUUAUUUUUUUUUUUUUCUGAAUUUAGGAGGUGGGAGUUAGGCAGCACUUAAUGUAUUGACUGCAGUGAGAGAAAAUUUGAGCAUAAGGCACAGAGACAUGUAGGUUGAGUUUAGAUGAACACAUUUGUCUGUGAAAAAUUAUAUACUGCCUCAACCAAAAGGACUUCUUUCCUUCUGAAAAUAAAUGUUUUCUCCCAUGUAUUGAGAGAUGUUACAGAUCUCCCACUGUAACAGUGGAGUUUUCAUACAUAUAUGCAUAAGUGCUAUUAAACUAAUGUUUGCAGAAAUUAAUGGACUCCUUUAAAAAAGUAUCUUUUUGCCUUCAAAUGUAUGGUUUUAUUUCGUUAUUUUAUCGUGGAGCUGUGAGCCCAUGGCCUCUGCUUCUUUGUUCUGCCCGAAUUAAACAGUGCACUCACAGCCGUGCUCUCUUCCUUACUAAAAAUAAUUUCCAAAGAAAUCAUUGAGAAAGGGUGUGAGAAUAUCUGAUCUAAAAUUACCAGUUCUUUCACUGGGAUAAUAUCUGAAGAAUAUAGUAAAGAAGAGAGUCAAGUUAAAUGAUAUCUUGUGUCUCUCCCAGGCCAGGAUUAAUGUAAGUACAGAAUGGAUAUAAUGUAAGAAAUGAUAAGCUAUAGUUGUGGCCCAGUUAAACAAAACAGAAAGUAAGGGAGGUGUUUUUUGGAAAAGGUCUAGCUCGGAGUAAAGCCUUGCUAUUUUGUCCUUGCCUUGCUGCCUUUAUUUUGACUGUCUGCAGCUGAUCUUCAGCAUCUUUAGUUGGUAGGGACAGCUUUUAAAAGGGAAAGCUGGUCAUAGGAACCAGCAUUUUCCAGCAAAGGGCAUUGUCUGUGUCUGGUCUACUUGGAAAUACCUACAAAAUGUGCUCUGUGUUUGU